AUGGAGGCUGGGACGUGGGCGGUGGUCGUGGCGGCGGCGGCCGCGUACCUGGCGUGGUUCUGGCGGAUGUCGCGCGGGCUCAGCGGGCCCAGGGUGUGGCCGCUGGUGGGCAGCCUGCCGGGGCUCCUGCAGCACGCGGAGGACAUGCACGAGUGGAUCGUCGGCAACCUGCGCCGCACCGGGGGCACCUACCAGACCUGCAUCUUCGCGGUGCCGGGCGUGGCCCGCCGCGGCGGGCUGGUCACGGUCACGUGCGACCCCAGGAACCUGGAGCACGUCCUCAAGGCGCGCUUCGACAACUACCCCAAGGGCCCCUUCUGGCACGGCGUCUUCAGCGACCUGCUCGGCGACGGCAUCUUCAACUCCGACGGCGACACCUGGGUGGCGCAGCGCAAGACGGCCGCGCUCGAGUUCACCACCCGCACCCUCCGCACCGCCAUGUCCCGCUGGGUCUCCCGCUCCAUCCACCACCGCAUGCUCCCCAUCCUGUCCGACGCGGCGGCCUCCGGCGCGCACGUCGACCUGCAGGACCUCCUCCUCCGCCUCACCUUCGACAACAUCUGCGGCCUCGCCUUCGGCAAGGACCCGGAGACGCUCGCCCGUGGCCUCCCCGAGAACGCCUUCGCCACCUCCUUCGACCGCGCCACGGAGGCCACGCUCAACCGCUUCAUCUUCCCGGAGUUCGUGUGGCGGUGCAAGAAGUGGCUGGGGCUCGGCAUGGAGACCACGCUGGCGCGCAGCGUCGCGCACGUCGACCGGUACCUCUCCGCCGUCAUCAAGACGCGCAAGCUCGAGCUCGCCGGCAAGAUCGACGGGUCGGGUGCGACCACGCCGCACGACGACCUCUUGUCGCGCUUCAUGCGCAAGGGGACCUACUCCGACGAUUCCCUGCAGCACGUGGCGCUCAACUUCAUCCUCGCCGGCCGCGACACCUCCUCGGUGGCGCUCUCCUGGUUCUUCUGGCUGGUCUCCACCCACCCCGACGUGGAGCGCAAGAUCGUGCGCGAGCUCUGCGCCGUCCUGGCGGCGUCCCGCGGCGCAGACGACCCGGCAUUGUGGCUGGCCGCCCCGUUCGACUACGAGGAAUUGGACCGCCUAGUGUACCUCAAGGCGGCGCUCUCGGAGACCCUCCGGCUGUACCCGUCCGUGCCGGAGGACUCGAAGCACGUGGUCGCCGACGACUACCUCCCCGACGGCACGUUCGUGCCGGCCGGGUCGUCGGUGACGUACUCCAUCUACUCGGCCGGGCGCAUGAAGACGGUGUGGGGCGAGGACUGCCUCGAGUUCCGGCCGGAGCGGUGGCUGUCGGCCGACGGCACCAAGUUCGAACCGCACGACUCGUACAGGUUCGUGGCGUUCAACGCCGGGCCGCGCAUAUGCCUGGGCAAGGACCUGGCGUACCUGCAGAUGAAGAACAUCGCCGGGAGCAUCCUCCUCCGUCACCGCCUCGCCGUGGCGCCGGGGCACCGCGUGGAGCAGAAGAUGUCGCUCACGCUGUUCAUGAAGCACGGGCUCCGGAUGGUGGUGCGCCCGCGCGACCUCGUCCCGACCCUCGACGAGCUCCGCGCCGCGGCCGCGGCGCCCGCCGUCGCGGCCUGCGCGUAG